AUGAGCCGUACCGACGACACGGCACGGGCCUCUCGACCGGCUCGAAGCGACAAUUUUGAAGAAGUGAAGGAUGGUGGGGGAUCUGUGUCAAACAAUGGCCCUCCCGCUCGCGACGACACCGCGCCCGCGCGAAUUAACCGACCGCACCCCUCUAAAUUGCUCACUUGGGAGGAGACCUUGCACCUUGCCAAAUGUGCUGUUGAGAAUGGUCUUCAAGAGACGAAACGAUCCUUGGGCGACAGUGAAGCAGUAGGAGAUGUAGUGCGCCCCAAAUUGACGAUUGAUCUUGGGCACAAAAAUAUCGGUUAUGUCCCCGAUGAGGUCGUGGAUAUCAUCAAGGACGAGGUUGCAAGGUUGUCGUUGUCAAAUAACUAUAUCGACCGUAUCCCUUGUCGCUUCCAAGAAUGUAUCCAUCUUCGGUAUCUCAACAUUAGAGCGAACAACUUUACGGAAUUUCCCAAAGGCGUAUUUAACCUUUCGUUUCUCGAAAUCCUCGACCUGAGCCGGAAUAAGAUUACAAAAAUACCCGAAGAGAUACGGAAUCUCACGUCUCUGCGAGUUCUUUCAGUCAUGCAGAACCUCCUAGAAGACCUCCCAAGCGAACUAUCUGAUAUGAAUAAACUCCAAGUGUUGAAGGUGUCCGGCAAUUCCCUAAAAUAUCCACUGAAACGGAUUUUGGAUAUGAAAGAAGCCGAUAUCACGGUCACUGAGAUGACAGAUAAUGAAAAGGGAAGCGCAUUAACCGCCGAACUCAAGAGGUAUCUGAAAAGCAGGCAGCUUACUUUACUUGAUGUUGACAACCUAACCGACAUAAGUGCAAUGGAAACGCCGAAACCCCCAAAACGGGGUAAUCGUUUUCCAGUUAUUCCUAGGACUAAUGGCACGGAUGCAUCCCAAGAUUCGAAAUCCCCAUCAUACUCGCGGCCCCCUCCAAUUCCUAUCCGCUCCCAUCACCGAAUUGCAUCAGGCCAAAGUGGUUUCGGACACAAUGGAGUUAGUCGAUUCAGGUUUCCUUCCGCCAGUGAACGGAACCGAAGUAAUAGUGAGGGUGUCAUCCAAGGCCCGAGUUCCCUCCAUAACAAACGCCUGGGUAUGGUUAGUCGAAUGAACGACCUCGGCACACUUGAUGAAAUCCGUCCUUAUCGAAACAGCCACUUGCGUGGUUUAAGCCAUGGCUCACUGUUACGAAACCAACCCAGUGCAAAUUCAAAUGGCAGCAACUCCUCCAGCCCAGGUAGCCCCAAGGAGCGCAGGCGAUUGCGAGACGGAUUUGUUCGACGCAUGUCAAGUUUACCCGAGUACAAAAUUGAGAAGAAGUUGAAGAUACCCAUCAUCGAAGCCGCUAGGACCUUGCUUUAUUCUCUCUAUCUGGUUCACCCUCAUAUAUCGUCGUUAAUCAACGUUAUCAGGGCCGAGGAGUUUCGAAGAACCAGUCUAGAAAUUGUUUUCUAUAAUGCAUCUACCCACAUUGAACAACUCAAUGAAGCGUUGGAGAUUGCCGAAGGGGCAAAUUUGAGAGAUCCCGAUACGGUGAAGCGGCUGUCCGAUGCUGUCAGACAUGAAUGCGAUACAUGCAUCAACGCGUACAUCCACGUUGCCACGCAAUUCCGUCACAAUAUUUCAAAAAUAAUAUCACUUGUUGACCCGAAAUACGUGCGCUCCUUACUGCUCAUGAUUUAUGGGAGCGUUGCUGAACUUCGCAAUGUGCACGUUAACCUUGGGGUUGAUCAAAAACGAAAGAAACAACCAAGCGCAGUGAAACAGGACAUCCUGGAAACGGCCAGGAAGGUACCUCCCAUCAAUACCAGUGAAUACGCAAUCACUCCUCCAACCAGAGAGCGUCCCCCACCGAUGAGACGACUUCGGAGUGAGACCACAAUUCACCAGCAGAACCCCAUUAUUCAGUCCAACCAACCAACUUCCCAUGUCACGAACGGCUUCCCGGGCCCUCCAAACCAGCCAUGGCUUUCAUCCCUGAGCAUAGGUACACGAAGUCGAUCCAGUAGCAGGUCCAACACCCUCCUAACUUCGUCGGGACCAUCAUCCCUCGCGAACACGCCUCGGUCUGGUGAAUCCUUUGGCACCCUUUCGGCCUCCACUGUCAGCCGUAUCAACCCGAUGACCGGCCUAGAUGAGUACGAGGAGGAAAGGAUCUUUGAGAAGAUAUUUGUUCAGCUCACAGCCGCCUACCGAGCGGUGUUGCAAGCCGUUCCCGUCGCCUCUCAUCAAUUCUCCCAGUGCCUUGAGCUAGCAGAGGCGACGCGGGCCCCGCAACCAAUACAUUCUUUGCUGAGUAAACUAAUUUCUCGUUGCCGUACAUGUAUUGAUGUCGCUGAGGCACUUCAAAUCAGGCUAUCGACCAUGAAAUUGAAGGAGCCGGGUGGCGGGAUGAGAAACCAACGUGAAUUUUGGCAGUUAUGCAAAACUUUCUUGCAGUCAUUCGUUGAAUUGGUCAUCGACAUGCGAGAGGCCAAGAAUCUUCGUUUGCUUCCUCCCGAUAUAGUCGCCAUUCUUCGACCUGUUCAAAAGGCAAGCAGGGAGGCAGGAAGGCUGAUUGAUACCUCCCCUUGGUCAUAUCUCGCUGAACUGAAUACUUCGAAUCCGUCGACAAUUUUUCCACCAUCGAUCCAACCUCAUCAUGUGCAAUCUUAUUCUAAUUCAACGACGGGUUCUGGAACUACCGGAUCGCUUUCCCUGACAACCGGGUCAUCCCCACAGUCCAUUGCAAUGCCAGCGACACCGUUAAGUGCUGCCUUGGGUCCUGCAGCGCAAGCUACCGUCCCUUCGGCUCCAGUCAGCGCAUGUAGUGACCGUUUUUUCGCGGGCAACCUUUACGAAAGGGCGGAUUCAUUGCUUUCCAUGUCCGGUCCGGCACCGUUAUUCAUCCGUCGAUGA